AGGAUCAGUUAUUGGAAAUGUUGCGAAGGAUCUCGGGCUGCAGACGGGCGCGCUGUCCAACAGAAGAGCCCGCAUUGAUACCGACGGAACCGACAAACGUUACUGUGAUCUGAACCUGAAGAAUGGAGAGCUGAUUGUGGCCGACAGGAUUGACCGAGAGGCGCUUUGUGGCGAAAAGGCUUCGAGCAUUUUAAAACAGGAGCUCGUGCUGGAGAAUCCUCUCGAGCUGCACCGCAUCAGUCUCCAUGUUCAAGAUAUUAAUGAUAACUCACCGGAAUUCAAUGAAGAAUUAAUCAACAUAGAAAUUCGAGAAUCAGCUGACAGGGGAGCUCGCUUUGUGAUCGAGGAGGCGCACGAUGCGGAUGUGGGACAAAAUUCCGUCCAGCAGUACAGCCUAGAAAAAAACGAGAAUUUCAUUUUGGCU